AUGCCUGAGAUGAACUGGGAUCUUUUAAAAUCUAGAAUUGAUAAUAUUAAACCGUAUGACGGUAACAGUAACACGUUAAAUAAAUUUCUAAUUAGGUGUGAAGACCUUAUUAAUGAUUAUCGGCAAUUUAAUGAUGCACAAUUAUCUAAACACAUACUCCAAUCAGUUCAAGAAAAACUUAUAGAUAAAGCAGAAAUAUUAGUAGGUAAUCGUGCUGAGUUAACAGAUUGGUCAAGAUUGAAAGAAGCCCUGAUUCAGUGUUUCGCUGAUCGUAGAAAUAUUGACUGUUUAGUACAAGAACUCACUAGAAUGAAACCAUUUAGGAACGAACCAUUGAUGAACUUUGGAAGUCGAAUUCAAUUAUUAAGAAGUAGUAUAGCACAGAAAAUUAGUAAUAAUCCUAACAUAACUAACGCGGAGAAAGUGUGCACUGCACUGCACUUAGUACUUUUAUAG